AUGGCUGCAGCAGACACGCGUGAACGCUUGUUUCGCAAAUAUGAGCCUAGAUGCGGUACAAGAACAGAGAGGUCUUUGACCACAUUUCUCCAGCACUUCGUUAUUUGCCAUGAUUUCAGUGAGGUAAAUGUCGAGGAGAGCGGCUACAGAGUGCAGCUUCGUCUUACCGAACAAUCAAUAAAUGACGAGCUUGAAUACCUUGAUUUGGCUCCAAUUUACAUAGAGAAUUGGACUAAAGAAGAACGCGCUUUCAUCAACGUGAAGUACCUGACAAGAUGCGCUUUGCCAGUCUUAAAAUAUAGGGAAGUGAAAGCAACAAAUCGAUCGUUACGUCUGCAGUACCCUGAUGAUGGAGCUGAUUGUGACUGCAAGGAUGGAAUCUGUACUCCCGCUUGCCCCUGCAUUAGACUGAUGGGUGAGAUCAGGAUCGGAGGAGGGGCGAUUAGCCCCAAAGCUCAGUUUUGUUACGAGACUAGCAACACAUUAGUGUGA